AUGCACGCACCCAUGAACUCGACCGUUCGCCACGCAGCCCGCCACUGGCGCGGCGCUGUCAACGGCCUCACAGCUGACGCCACUGCCGACACCAAGCAGGUCUGCAAGCAACUCGACUCUGGUCACCACGCGCAGAGUCGAGGCAGCGUCUUGCGCGCCGAGCCAUCGCGAGUGACAUCCAACGGCACCCGCGAGAUGAGCUCCCACCUCGCGACCACACUCUAA